UUGGUUUUAAUUGGUUGCCCACAGGAUUGACUUGGCCUCUACUUCUUAAGAAAAUACAUCUCUUGUUUUACAAGAUGGCCCAUUGUGUGACCUUGGUUCAGCUGUCCGUUUCCUGUGACCACCUCAUUGACAAGGACAUCGGCUCCAAGUCUGACCCACUCUGCGUCCUUUUACAGGAUGUGGGAGGGGCCUGGGCUGAGCUUUGUCGGACUGAACGUGUUCGCAACUGCUCGAGCCCUGCAUUCUCCAAGACUCUGCAGAUAGAAUAUCACUUUGAGACUGUCCAGAAGUUACGCUUUGGAAUCUAUGACAUAGACAACAAGACACCUGAGCUGGGGGAUGAUGACUUCCUAGGGGGAGCUGAAUGCUCCCUAGGCCAGAUUGUGUCCAGCCAGACACUGACUCUACCCUUGAUGUUGAAGCCUGGGAAACCUGCUGGACGGGGAACCAUUACAGUUUCAGCUCAGGAGUUAAAGGACAGCCGUGUAGUAACCAUGGAGGUGGAAGCUAGAAACCUAGAUAAGAAGGACUUCCUAGGAAAAUCUGAUCCAUUCUUGGAGUUCUUCCGGCAAGGUGAUGGGAAGUGGCACCUGGCAUAUAGAACUGAGGUAGUCAAGAACAACCUGAACCCUGCGUGGAAGCGCUUCUCAGUGUCUCUUCAGCAUUUCUGUGGUGGGGACCUCAACACACCCAUCCAGGUGCGCUGCUCAGACUAUGACAGUGAUGGGUCACAUGAUCUCAUCGGUACCUUCCACACUACCUUGGCCCAACUGCAAGCAGUCCCGGCUGAGUUUGAAUGUAUCCACCCUGAGAAGCAGCAGAGAAAGAAAAGCUACAAGAACUCUGGAACUGUCUGUGUCAAGACUUGCCGGGUAGAGACAGAGUAUUCCUUCCUGGACUAUGUGAUGGGAGGCUGCCAAAUUAACUUUACUGUGGGUGUGGACUUUACUGGCUCCAAUGGUGACCCAUCCUCACCUGACUCCCUGCACUAUCUGAGCCCUACAGGAGUCAAUGAGUACCUGACCGCCCUGUGGAGUGUGGGCAGCGUGGUUCAAGACUAUGACUCAGACAAGCUGUUUCCAGCAUUUGGAUUUGGAGCCCAAGUACCCCCUGAUUGGCAGGUCUCGCAUGAGUUUGCCUUGAACUUCAACCCCAGUAACCCGUACUGUGCAGGCAUCCAGGGUAUCGUAGACGCCUACCGUCAAGCACUUCCCCAAGUUCGUCUCUAUGGCCCCACCAACUUUGCACCCAUCAUCAACCACGUGGCCAGGUUUGCAGCUCAGGCUGCACAACAGAGGACUGCCUCGCAAUACUUCGUACUGCUGCUCUUGACUGACGGCGCUGUGACCGAUGUGGAGGCCACGUGUAAGGCUGUGGUGGAAGCCUCAAAGCUGCCCAUGUCGGUGAUCAUCGUGGGUGUGGGUGGUGCUGACUUUGAGGUCAUGGAACAGCUGGAUGCUGAUGGCGGCCCACUUCGUACACGCUCUGGAGAAGCAGCUGCCCGAGACAUAGUGCAGUUUGUGCCUUAUCGACGAUUUCAGAAUGCUCCACGGGAGACACUUGCAAUGACCGUACUUGCAGAAGUGCCCACUCAGUUGGUUUCCUACUUCAAAGCCCAAGGUUGGGCCCCAUUAAAGGCACCCCCAGCCCCAGCCAAGGGCCCUGCACAGGCCCCACAGGUGUAGGUUCCUUGGAAGAGCAGGCUACAAUCAAUCUUCAGCCUGCACCGUCCUCUGGGCGUGGACCAACCUGCACUCUUUCACUUGAUGACUUUAUAUGUGCUUCUGCUAUUGCUGCUCUUUGACCUGCCUGCCUGCCUGCCUGGCACCCUCACAUUCAGGAAAGACAGAUUAGUAAUUGUAAAGAUCUAUUCAUUCCAGUCACAUACUUUGAAAAGACAGAGUUUGAAUAUAAAGCAA